AUGCUUGCUCUACUUUCAAGUUACUUUUUUAGCUCGAUCUUUAGCGACUUACGUUCAUGCAUGCAUGCAUGCUUGAUUGCUGCGCGCGGUGCAGAAACAGCGUGCGUGGGAGGGAAGGAGUGGUACUUCUACAGCCAGAGGGACCGCAAGUACGCGACGGGGCUGCGAACCAACCGAGCCACGGCGUCGGGCUACUGGAAGGCGACGGGGAAGGACAGGCCGAUUCUGAGGAACAAAGCCGGCGGCGGCAGCCACCAGCAGCUGGUCGGGAUGCGGAAGACGCUGGUUUUCUACCAAGGUCGAGCCCCUAAAGGCCGCAAGACCGACUGGGUCAUGCACGAGUUCCGCGUCGAAGGCACCCUUUCGCCCCCGAGAAGAAGCGCCGCCUCGCACAAGGAGGAUUGGGUGUUGUGCCGAGUGUUCUUCAAGAACAGAGAUGAAAAUACUGGUCCCAAACAAAGCAUUGGGAUGGUGACCAGGAACAACACGAACACCAUCAGCUACGACGACGAGGAUGACGAUUAUCUCGACACCGAUAACAACAACUCAUCUUCUCUCCCGCCAUUGAUGGACUCUUCUUACAACAUCAACUUUGACCAACAGCAAACUGCUCAUGAUGACCAGUAUGAGCAAGUGCCCUGCUUCUCCAUGUUCUCCUCCCACGACCCACCACCGUCUUCGAACUCCUUGUUUCCUCAGUUCUUCUGUAACAACUCUGCUGCAGCGAACUCCAUGGAGUUCGCUGCAGAUCAUCAGCAAGUACUGUCUGUUGUUCCUCCUACUGCUGUCGUGGAGGAGGGAACAUUCAGUACUUGUGACAAGAAGGUCAUCAAGGCGGUGCUGAGUCACCUCACCAAGGUGGAAAAUGCCAGUGAUGAUAUUAGUAGUUACCCUUAUUACGAUCAUCAUCAUGUUGUUAAGGAUUCGUCGUGCUUGAGUUUGGGCGAGGGGAGCUCGGUGGAGAGCUACCUCUCUGAUGUGGGUAUCCCUAACCUUUGGAACUCUUAUUAAUUGACUUGCCCUUAUAUGUAUGGGUGCCUAUGCCCUUAAUUUGAAGACAAUCCUUGAAAAAAAGAACAUGAUGAAGAGAAUGUAAUGGUUUGUAUAAAUUUAGCUUUGUGGAGGGUGUAAAUUUAUGUCAUUUCAUGUAUGAUGGUGAAAUGUGUAAUGUCUAAUUUAUACCCAUUUUCCAUUUCGGGUUGUUUGUUUUUGUUAUGUACUACCACUUUUUAGGGUCCUUGUGGGUGAAGCCUAGGGUAUUGGAGGGGAUUAGAAUUUGAAAUGGGUGACCUAUUAUAAAUUGAAACUAAUUUUCAUUGUC